CCGCCUCUGCCCCAGGAGACCUGGAGUUGAAGGCCAGAGAGGGAGAGGGGACUGUACUCUGGGUGGGGGAGCGUGGGCUCUGCUGCCUCAUCCAGUAGGACCGCAAGGGUCACUCUAAAAAUUGCUGCUGCUGGGACUCAUCCGGUGGCUGCUGGUGGCUCCCCACUGCAUUUUCCUUCUCCCUCCCUCCCUCUCUCUCCCCACAGAUUGCUUCCCAAGAGGAGCCUCCUGCUGAAAACUCAUCAUUACACAUCCAGACACCACACAGGAGGGUAAGGAGCUGGGACCACGAUCUCCAAUUCCUGACUUCUAGAUUCUAGGCAAUAUCUUGCCUGUGACAGUGUGUUUGCCAACAUGGCCCCCAAAAAGAAGACUGUAAAAAAGAGCAAAGGAGAUAUUAAUGAGAUGACCAUAAUCGUAGAAGAUAGCCCUCUGAACAAACUGAACACUUUGAAUGGGCUCCUAGAAGGAGGCAAUGGCUUUAGCUGCCUUUCUUCUGAAUUAACAGAUGCCUCUUAUGGCCCCAACCUCUUGGAAGGCUUAAGUAAAAUGAGGCAGGAGAACUUCCUUUGCGACCUAGUCAUUGGCACCAAAACAAAGUCCUUUGAUGUUCACAAGUCAGUGAUGGCUUCGUGCAGUGAAUACUUCUACAACAUCCUAAAAAAAGACCCAUCUACCCAAAGGAUAGAUCUCAAUGAUAUCUCACCGCUGGGCCUGGCUACUGUCAUUGCAUAUGCCUAUACUGGAAAGCUGACGCUCUCUUUGUAUACUAUAGGAAGCAUUAUUUCUGCUGCUAUCUAUCUUCAGAUCCAUACCCUUGUAAAGAUGUGCAGUGAUUUUCUGAUACGAGAGAUGAGUGUUGAGAAUUGCAUGUACAUUGCUAACAUUGCUGAAACAUACUCCCUGAAAAAUGCCAAAGCAGCAACCCAAAAAUUUAUCCGGGAUAACUUCCUUGAAUUUGCAGAAUCAGAUCAGUUUUUGAAACUCACGUUUGAGCAAAUUAAUGAACUUCUCAUAGAUGAUGACUUACAGUUGCCUUCUGAAAUAGUAGCAUUCCAGAUUGCAAUGAAAUGGUUAGAAUUUGACCAAAAGAGAGUGAAAUAUGCUGCAGAUCUUCUGAGCAAUAUCCGCUUUGGUACCAUCUCUGCACAAGACCUGGUCAAUUACGUUCAGUCUGUACCAAGAAUGAUGCAAGACGCUGAUUGUCACAAACUUCUUGUAGAUGCUAUGAACUACCACUUACUUCCAUAUCGUCAAAACACAUUGCAGUCUAAGCGCACAAGAAUCCGCGGGGGCUGUCGAGUCCUCGUCACUGUUGGGGGACGUCCAGGCCUUACAGAGAAGUCCCUUAGUAGAGACAUCCUGUACAGAGACCCUGAAAACGGAUGGAGCAAGCUUACAGAAAUGCCAGCCAAGAGUUUUAAUCAGUGUGUGGCUGUGAUGGAUGGAUUUCUUUAUGUGGCUGGUGGUGAAGACCAGAAUGAUGCGAGAAAUCAAGCCAAGCAUGCAGUCAGCAAUUUCUGCAGAUACGAUCCCCGCUUCAACACCUGGAUCCACCUGGCCAACAUGACCCAGAAGCGCACGCACUUCAGCCUGAGCGUGUUCAACGGGCUCCUGUACGCCGUGGGCGGCCGCAAUCCCGAAGGCAGCCUGGCCUCGCUCGAGUGCUACGUGCCCUCCACCAAUCAGUGGCAGCCCAAGACGCCCCUGGAGGUGGCGCGCUGCUGCCACGCCAGCGCGGUCGCCGACGGCCGCGUGCUGGUGACCGGCGGCUACAUCGGCAGCGCGUACUCGCGCUCCGUGUGCGCGUACGACCCCACCGGCGACUCGUGGCAGGAGCUGCCGGGCCUCAGCACGCCGCGAGGCUGGCACUGCGCGGUCACGCUGGCCGACCGGGUGUACGUGAUGGGGGGCAGCCAGCUGGGGCCGCGCGGGGAGCGCGUGGACGUGCUGACCGUGGAGUGCUACAGCCCGGCCAGCGGCCAGUGGAGCUACGCGGCGCCGCUGCUGGUGGGCGUGAGCACGGCGGGCGCCUCGACGCUGCACGGCCGCGCCUACCUGCUGGGGGGCUGGAACGAGGGCGAGAAGAAGUACAAGAAGUGCAUCCAGUGCUUCAGCCCGGAGCUCAACGAGUGGACGGAGGACGACGAGUUGCCCGAGGCCACCGUGGGCGUGUCCUGCUGCACCCUCUCGAUGCCCAACAGCGUGACCCGGGAGUCCCGAGCCAGCUCGGUGUCCUCGGUGCCAGUCAGUAUCUGAACCCAGGUAGAUGCGGGGACGCAGGAAGGGCAAACAGGCGUUCGUGGGUUCGCGGAAAGGAAAAUAUAUAACAUUUACUACAAUGAUUGUAUCUUACGCCGUAUCGAGGCGUCUGUCUUGGUAGUUUUGAAUUCCUGGUAGGGCGGGCGUAAUCUACCUCUUAAAAAAAAAAAAAAAAAGCAAAAUACGGGGCCCUGGCCAACAAAGAAAAGAAACCAUUUAUUUCAGCGGCCACUGGGUGGCAGACAGAAUUCGUCGUAGGCACUCUUCCCACCCGGGCAUGGCCCCUUAAUGGAUAGCGGUUACACCCACAUUUGAGAAUUUUCUCCUACCCUUUAGUACACAUGAAGCUUAUGUGAGUAAGCAAUUUCAUGUACGAAAGUUGAUCUUCUUCUCUCGUCUUUUUCUUUAGGAAAUUAAAAGUAUUCAAUUAUAGCUUUUAUUUUAAAAUGGAAGACCAUCUAUAUCAAUAAAGAUUAAAUUCUACGUUUAAAUACAGUUUCUUUUUCCAUACGCGACUGAGUAAAGAAUAUUGAAAGGCGUCCCAUGAUAAAGUCCUAAAACUUAAAACUAGGUUUGACUGGAGAGUAACAGGGAUUCCUCCCUGGACGGUCACACUGAUCCCUUUGGUUUAUCCCUUAAUUCUUCUCUUCUGUGCCUCAGUACCCAGGGUAUUUGCUAUCGAAAAAUACUUGCUCUCAAAGAAGAAGCUACUAGUCAUUUAGUUUAUGUUGUAAAUUUUGUAAAUUUCAGUCAUUUUGUUGUUUCUCCUGGAAGUAUUUGCACUUUAACCUUUGUCCCCUAUUAAAGGAAUUGCCAGUAUCAUGGGAGUCUUACUUUGACCCUAAAAAGAUGCAACCUUGACCCUAAUAUAAACCCCAAGAAGAACACCAGAUAAAACUAUGGCCAUAAGGACUAUUAACUUAAAGCUUAUAUAGCUCGUAGAUUAUUCGACUGAUAGCAAUAAUUUGAUUUCCCCCAUUUUUUAUAUGGAUGAGAAUGAAGGGAGCAUUUGGAAUUCUUGGGUUUGGCAGUAACAGGAUGAAUGGCCUCUCCUGUUGGUAAAUGUCACUAUUUCCCAUUUCAUAGCAAUUCUCCUGAUUUCUUAAUUAAAACUCUAACACAUUCAUUUCACAUGGAAAUAAUAAUGCCCUUCUGUUCUAUAUGUUUUAACUUCAUCUGCUCCAAAUUAGCUUUGCAAAUUAAAAUGUAUCCACUGGAUAUCAUUUUUCUUACAUAUUUGCCAAGUUAUAGAGCAAGUGAAUGAUUGUAGUAAAUGAUAUAUAUUUUCCUUUCUUACAAUUAAUCACUCUAUUCUUUGGUGGUUUAUUUGUUUUGGAGAUGUGGCCUAUCAAUUAUGGGUUAUGUGCAAUUGGUUUUUGAAAAAUAAAACUAUUUAAAUGGUUAACCAUGA